CCAAGCAUGUCUCCAGACCUGAACCCUAUUGAGCAUCUGUGGGGCAUCCUCAAACGGAAGGUGGAGGAGCGCAAGGUCUCUAAUAUCCACCAGCUCCGUGAUGACGUCAUGGAGGAGUGGAAGAGGACUCCAGUGACAACCUGUGAAGCUCUGGUGACCUCCAUGCCCAAGAGGGUGAAGGCAGUGCUGGAAAAUAAUGGCGGCCACACAAAAUAUUGACACUUUGGGCCCAAUUUGGACCUUGUCACUUAGGGGUGGACUCACUUUUGUUGCCAGCGGUUUAGACAUUAAUGGCGGUGUGUUGA